AUGAUCGCAGUUAUACCCAGAAAUUCUUCCUAUUCAUUUAGUACAAAAAAGCUGUUAAAAAAUGGACACAGUGAGAGCACUGUUCGACUAACGAUCGACGGACAGACUGAAGUUUACACCACAGUUAACGGAAACACAACAGUCACGGAUGGCAACGGAACCCCCCUAACAAAAGGGAGUUUUUUUUCCGAAGACAGCACAGUCGACCCAGAGGUCACAGACGUUCCGGAUCACACAGAAGCGCCAGAAGGCCCAAAAGCAUCGGAGACUACAACGACCUCUGCAGACUCAGAGUCGGAAGAAACAGUUCCGGAGGAUUCAAGGGUGAUAACAACGGGGAAACCUGUUGAUGGGAAUAAAAUAGAUGAGGUCGAGGAGAGUACAGGAGUGUCUGAGACGCCGAGAUCCGGAGACGACACUUCGAGAGCAGCUACGAGAGCCGAUAGGCUAUGA